AGUAGGCUGCGAGGGCGAGCGGGAAGGCUGGAUUGCGGAACCGCAGAGGCAUCUGGGAGCGGCCACUGAUCUCUGGGACCCAGAGAAGUAAGACGGCGGCCGGUGCGCGAGGGAAAAGGGGCUUCCUCGCCAUCCCCGGCGCCCUGCGGGAAGGAAAGUCCUCAUCCGUGAGGACGUUGGGGUCAUAGAAAGGAGGUGCUUCGAGUGCCGUGGGGUAAGACCACGACUUUGCUGCACUUCGCCCCUGGAGCGAAUGCUCGGAAAAAAAACCAGGCCUGACUUCUGUGAGAAAAAGCUGAAGGAGAAAAAGAACAAGAUUAAGGAUUAAGGAUCUGAAGAGAAAGUAGUUGGGAAGAUUUUAACUGCCUUUGAAUGCUACUAUAGGUAUGGAGAAGAUUGAAGAACAUUUUGCAAAUUUGUCCAUCGCUAGACGUUCUGCAGUGACUAAAGAGCCCACUUACCUCCUUGACAUAGACACUUCAAAAAAUGUGCAGGAAGAAAAUGGAUGCAUAGUUGCUGUUUCGUGUUCCAAUGGAUCGGUUAGACUAUAUAAUAAAGAGACAUUAAGUUUGCUAAGGGAGUUUAAUGGACAGCCUGGACUCCUUAAAGGAGUUAAAUUUGCACAUUCCUAUUCCCAUGUAUUCUCAGCAUGCACAGAUGGCACUGUAAAAUGUUGGGAUAUGCGCUUAUCCGGCAAAACACCAGUGCAGGUAUUCAAAGGUUAUCCUUCUAAUGUUUUCAUCAGUUUUGAUAUUAAUUGUAAUGAUCAUAUAAUUUGUGCUGGCACUGAAAAAGUUGGUGAUGAUACUUUGAUGGUAUUCUGGGAUGCAAGAAUUAGUUCUCAAAAUACACACCCUGUAAAAGACCCAUUAGGUGUUUAUUCAGAGACACACAGUGAUGAUAUAACCCAGGUAUGUUUUCAUCCUGACAACCCUAAUAUGAUAGUUUCAGGAUCAACGGAUGGACUUGUGAAUGUUUUUGACAUAAGCAUUGACAAUGAAGAAGAUGCCCUGAUUGCAACUUGUAACUCUGGUUCAUCAGUAAGUUAUGUUGGUUGGUCUGGGAAGGAAAACAAACAGAUUUACUGUAUGACACAUGAUGAAGGAUUCUGUUGGUGGGAUCUUGCUAAUUUGGAUACCGAUCAGCCUGUUACAUGUUUGAAUAUCCAGGAUGUCAGAGAAGUAAUUAAUGUGGAAAAUGGAAAUCUGGAUUAUUUGGUUGGUGGCUUAUACCAUGAAAAAACAGACCAACUGUUGGUUGUUGGAGGUACAAAUACAGGAACUAUUCACUUGAUAAACUGUGGCUCUUCAGGAUUGACAUACAUGAGAAGCCUUGAGGGAGGGCAUUCUGCCAUGGUUCGUUCCUUCUGUUGGAGUGUACAGGAUGAUUCUUUGCUAACUGGUGGAGAGGAUGCACAACUGUUACUUUGGAAACCCGGAGCUACUGAAAAGACUCUUGCAAAGAAGGAUAACAUGAAGAUAGCUUCCUCUGUGCAGAAACGUGUUAGAGUUCACAGUAAUGAUUCUUACAAAAGUAAGAAAAAGCAUAGUUGUUAAAAUUAUUUGAUCUUGCUUGGUCUUAUUUUAGUUAUUUUUGCAUAUACUAUUUCUACUAUAUAUUAUAUCCUUUAUGCAGAAAUGGACUGAUUUGUAAAUAAACUUUUUGAAGUACAGAGAAAACUUUGAUUUAGAUAGAGCUUGAUAUGUCAUAAAAUGAAACACUUCCGAAUUCAAAAGAACAGUCUGAAUACCAUUAAUUUUUUAAAACUUGUUACAUUGAUAGAUGAUGUAUUUUUUAAUUAAAUUAAUUUUAAAAGCAAGCCUAUUCUUGAAUUAAGAAACUAAUGAUACUGUUAUUGACUGGUUUCUAUGUUCAGGAUUUUUCAAAGCUGAGGUUUUGGUUUUUUUUUUUGGUAACAUAUCAACUUUUUUUUUUCCUAGCCCUGAAUUAAAUUGUGUGUUGGGCAGCUACUUCUUAAUAUGAGUAUUUUGUUCUGUGUUAUUUAUAUUGACUGCUAGAUGUAUCAAUCUAAAUACAAUUGAAUUUUUAAAAAUA